AUCCACACAAAUCUCUUCCGCCAAGGUAUUCAGAAACAAGAAGAGAUGAGGAUCAGCCAAUGAUGCUGGUCCUUCUCGUCAAGCUAAGCUUUGUGAACGGCUCCACUCUCGUAUUAUCAACUCGAGCGUUCCCGGCCUUUUUUUCUUGAGCUGAUGAGAAGAGAAAGUUCGUUGAGGCAGCUCCAAUAAAGCGUUUCGCGCCGGACAACCACAUUCUUCCCUGACUGAAGAGAAAUUCGAUUCUUACAGGGAACGUUGAAAUGAGCAAAAGUUCUUUGACCGGGGAUCGUACCUCACAGAUUAUUCAUAUGUCCAAUUGUGGCUCGAGAUUUUUUUGUUUUUAUGUAUUUUGGUCCGGCAGUCCUCCGUCCUCAGUGCAGAGUGUCUGCAAAGAAAUGGAUAAAGGACUCGAGCCGAAGAGCCCUAACAGAUAAUCGAGCUCCGUUCCCGAGCACAAGGAGCCUACAUAACCUGCGUACGUCCUUUCUCAUUCCCUUAUCCACCCUGAACAGGCUCUGGGCAAUGAAUGAAGAAGGAAGACAAAGGACACUGGAUCCAUCAAAUAUAUCCCCAUAGGACUGGUAUUCUCCAAGGCUUGUUAAAAUUUCUGAGGUCGAGAAAAGGCAGUCUAGCCAAUGGGGAAGGGACUCGAUUUCGCUUUCAUCUGUAUUUCAUCAACACCUUGUUGAUGCGACGACCAUGCUUGUUUCAACAUCCGCAAGUCCAUAUAGCACAGGAUUUGGCGGAAACCAGCCUCGGAAGCGGUACACUGCAAGGCCUCUUUUAUCAUCCGAACAGGCUAGCGCGGCGAGAAGCAUUAAAUGUGUUGGGCAAAAUAUCUGAUCAUCGAAGCACGGGACGAGAUUCGGCACAGUCUGCAAGACAUCGAAGUCCCAGUGGUCCCGGGCCCCUGCAGCCGUGA